GAUCAAACUCUCCAUUUUCAAAUGGAAAUCAUUGAAGACGAUGCUUCUUCUUCUUCCGCUUCUUCCUCUUCAUCUUCCCAAAAGGACACCAAUAAAAUAGUUGUUCCGCCAUUGAUGAAGAGAAAGGCCGGAAGGAAGAAGUUUAAAGAAACCAGACACCCGAUCUAUCGAGGUGUUCGACUACGAAACGGCACGAAAUGGGUGUGUGAAAUUCGUGAGCCCAGCAAGAAAUCAAGAAUAUGGUUGGGUACGUUCCCAACCCCAGAAAUGGCAGCUAGGGCUUUUGAUGCUGCAACCCUAUCCUUACGUGGUGAUAAGUCACCACUAAACUUUCCGGACUCCGCCCAUCUGGUUCGACGGGCUAAGUCAUCAUCGGUUCGUGAUAUUCAAGAGGUUGCUAUGGAAGCCGCUAUUGCUUUUGGUCCAAAACGGUUUGAAAAUAGCUCGGUAUUGGCGUCGACGUCUUUACGGAGCGAACAGGUGGUGGUGGAGGUGGCGGAGACGGCGUUUGUCGACGAAGAGGUGUUGUUUAAUAUGCCGAGCUUUUACAAUAGCAUGGCGGAGGGAUUGGUUAUUACACCACCAGGAAUGAAAAAAGGGUUUGAUUGGAACGAUGAGUUUGAUUCUGACAUAGAUUUGACUCUCUGGAGAUACUAAAGAAACCCGAUGAAGCAAGAAAAUAAGAGACAUACGAUUAGUUUAAUUCAGUUUUUAUUUUACAAGUUUAUACGAAUCCUUGAUUCUUCACAAAAUCUGUUUUUUUGGAUCUCAUAUUAAUAUGUGGAUAUGUCAUC